GGCGGAAGCAAAGUCGGACUGUCACGAAGAGUCAUGGCGCUUUGCAGUGUUUUGGAAGAUGUUUGUGCUCUUAACACUUUUAAUUUUUAUCCGCGGUCGGCUUUUUAGCGAAGACAGUGUUUAGGCGCCUCUCAGUGGGGAAACUUUAAGCGCUGUUGCUGGUCACGUUGGUUGAGGUCUUAUUUUCGUGAAGGAUGUGCGGAAUCGUGGCAGGGAAACUCGCGCAGGGUUUCUUCGUCCAGCUGAGCUGCGGGGUCGCGGUGGCGAUCGCCGCGUCUGUCCUACUCUUCACCAUCUCGGCGCUCACGGACACCUCCUCGGACGACCUCGGUCUGGACAGCAGUGCUCUGCUGAAGGGCCGCGUGCACAAGCUGUUCACCUACUCCUUCAUCCACGAGAACAUAGCAACACUUCUGCUCAGCUCAGGAGCACUGAUUGUCUUUGGAGGUGGGUUAGAGAGAAGUGUGGGGACUGUGCGUUUCCUGCACCACCUCCUGCUACUACCUGCCUGUGCUGGACUGCUGCACACCUUGCUGAUGCUGCUGCUCCACGACAAUGUGGCCCAUGAUUCAGUGCGGGGACUUAUCCCUGCAACCCUUGCCCUUGUGGGCGUGGCCAGUGUGCGCUCCCUCAUGAGGCGGGGGGUGCUGCUCGGGGUCAGCGUGCCCACUGCCUCACUGCCGUGGGUUCUCGUCCUUGUGGCCCACCUUGUUCCGGGCACAGUCUUCCUGUGUAAUGUCCUCGCUGUCGCCGUGGGACAGAUCUAUGGGAAAGGGUGGGUUAGAGUCUUGAACAUAUCAGAGAGCAGGGCUUCUGUUCUGGACAAGAAGAUGCCCUUCAGGCUGCUGAGGAUGUGGAGAUGGGCAUCAUAUUUGCCUGCAUCUGCAGAGGAGAGACAGAAGAUCCUUCAUCCUCUGUGUAAGCCAGUACCGGGGUCCUACCCAGUUCAAGCCUAUGCUCCGGCAGCAUCUGUACUCCCUACACAGGCCAUGUCAGGCCUUCCGCUGAUGUACGAAGGUUGGCAGCACUCCAGCUAUGCUCACGGAGGCCACAAUCCCCCAUACGCUCAUCAUGGGCAUGGACACGGCCACUGGCAUGCCGCAGCCACCUCCUGGAGCGGCAGCCACUGGACACAAGGGAGUGCUUCUGCUCAUUUCCAGAACUACACCAGCCCUCCCCCAGUAUUACCUGCAGAGCCUCAAGCUCAAAGUACUCCCCUGACAGCCACUGGUGGGUUCCCAGCAGACCUCUCUGGACCGCCGCUACCCAGCAUGAGCACUCACACAGCUCACGUAUUGCUCUCAUAAGGAGUUGCUGAAUUUCACAUGACUUGGAUUUAAUGUGUGACAGCAGUUCAUUGGUUGUGCCUCCUGCUGGUGUAGGGGUUUGUCUUCAUCUGGUGACAAAGUGACAUUUACGCAGGUAGAUGUACAUAAUUAUGUUGCUCAUGUGAGUCACUGGCAAAAAAAUACAUCAAACAGCUGGUGGAUUUCCUAUUUUUUCCUUGUUUUUUUAUAAGUAUUUCCAGUAUGCCCAUUUAAAACAAUCUUAAACCUGAUAGUAAAAUGCUGUUUUGGGUCAAUAAUAAUAAUUGUGAAAUUUACUUUUGUAAAUCAGUCCUAAAAUCAAUCCAAUUGUAAUAUUAAAAUAUACAUUCAUGGAAGGAUUGCACAGAGAUUUUCCCUUUAUAAUACAGUAAUUGCUGGCUGCUGUUAAGUUUGAUUUACAGGUCACUUUUUGCAGUACUUUCAAAGCAUUGGGUGAACAUAUGAUGAAUCGGGGGUAUUACCAAAAUACCAAGUAUGAAGCAGCUCUCGGGUGCUAAAAACCAGCUGAAUGCAAUAACUGAAGCUAUUACAUUCAUUCACUUAGCUGAUGUUUGUCUCCAAAGUGACUUACAAUGUUAAUCUACC